AUGAACGGCCUCAGCGACGGCCAGAAGGCGGUGCAGCAGAUCAAGGAGGAGAUGAUGAAGAUUGAUAAGCUGUGUUCCGAGUCGCAGACCAUGAUCAAGGACUUUGCGAGCAUCAAUCUGGUGUCGCAGGCGCACCGCAACUUUGGCGCCGUCGAGGCCAUGAGACGCAACCUCGAGACGUUUAACGAACGCCUGGCCGUUGUGGAGAGGAUGCUGGCGGAGGACGACGAAGAUAGAGAAAACAUGCCGAACUUGCUGCCGUGCCAUUACGAGCUGACGCAGCUACGAAACAUACGAGACGACGCCAUGGAGCAGAUCCAGAGGGCAGAUGACCGGAGCUUGGAGUCGACGCUGGAGGACUACUUUACAAGGCUAGACGAUACGAUCGACUGGUUUGACGAGCACGUCGGCAUCCUGGCCAUGAACCUCAUCAACCUCGUCGUCAGCGACAACAACGGCCUGGUGGUCCGCUUUGCCGUUGUCAUGGAGGCGGAAGAGAAGAGCGACCAGCGUGUACUGGCGCUGCAGGAAGCACUCAAAGAUCACGAAGAGAUGGCAGCCCGAUUUCAGGGCAUCACAGACGGUGCCCGCAAAGUCCGUGGCUACAAGGACAAGUUUAUGCAGGCUAUCAAGGUCAGUGCCGAGCAACAGUUCCAGCAGGCCCGGGAAGACUUUCUCGACGAUGCCGAUAGCUUAGAGGCGACCAUGAAAUGGUUCUUCAACGACCUGAAUGCUGUAAAGAUUGGUAUGACGCCGCUCAUGCCCAAGAAAUGGCGUAUCGCAAAGACAUAUGCAGAUAUCUAUCACGUUCUGAUGCACGACUUCUUGGUCGGUAUGGUGGACGAUCCGGAAGCCAGCUCCGCACACACGCUCUCCAUCGUCAGCUUCCCCGAGAAAUACUACAAGAAGAUGUCCAAGAUAGGCUUCAAGCAAGAAGACCUGGUACCGCACGUUAUUGACAAUCGCGAGGCGGAGCUCGUUCGCGACUUUAGACAACUCAUUAUCAAAUUCCUCGACGAAUGGAUCGACCGCAUCUUUGAACAAGAGAAACGCGACUUUGCCAGUCGCAACAUCGAGGGCUCUAACUUGGACCAGGACGAGUAUGGCUAUUUCCGGACCAAGAACCUCGUUGCGCUGUGGAGGAUGUUGCGUGAGCAGGUCGAGGCGGCCAUCAACUCGCAGCGUGCUGACGUGGUCGAGGGCGUUGUCGACGCCAUGUUCCUACGGCUACGCACCCGCCAGCAGUCGUGGCAGCGCAUGCUUGACGACGAGGCUGAGCGCUACGAGAGUGACCGCGUUCCUGAUUUAGAAGGUUUCCAGGCGCUGCAGGAUUGGCUGGUGGCCACAGCCAACGACCAGAUUGGCGUCAUCGAUGACAAUGAGGAGGAAAGCCGCCUGGGCUACCUGUCUAGCUUCCGCCAGCAGUUCGAGAGGAACGUCGGCCCACAGUAUCUCGAGCGCGCCGAGCAGGAGCUCAACGCCCUCCGCGAUGGCUACGUCGACUUCAGCACCUGGUGCAUCCACAAGUUCGCCCACCUCGUCUUCGCCGUCGACUUCCGGGGCGUCAUGCCCGACUUCUUCACGCCCAAGUGGUACACCAACACGGCCAUGAAGCAGAUGGUGGUCACCUUUGAGGAGUACGUCGGCGAGUACCGCCAGGCCCUGCACCACUCCCUUAUCGACAUCUUCAUCGAGAUCUUCGCCGACGAGCUCCUCGUGCGGUACCUCUCGUCGGUGCGCAACAAGGGCGCAAAGUUUCGCCGCACGGAUCCCUUCCGCGAUAAGCUCUUCAACGACAUCGCCACUGCGUUUGAGUACUUUUCUAACCUGGCCAGUCCCGAGGUUGCCAUGUCUAUCAAGGACACUUGGCGUGUCACUGAACCCUUCUUGGGCCUGCUUUCGGUGGAUAAGGAUUCGGUGGCGGACGCGUUUGCCAACUUCAAGACUGCUUACUGGGAUUUGCAGAUCAGUUGGGUCGAGGCCGUGCUGCGGUCCAGGGAUGAUUUUGAGAGAAGUAUGCUGAAUGCUGUCAAAGCAAGGGCCGCGCAAAUGGACAUUGUGAGAGGCCCAGAGACGGUCAUGGCCAAGAUUAAGUAA